GAAGCUGAGCUACUUGGAUUUAAUGGUUACAUUCCUGCGUAUAAUGCCGUGCGUGGUCGGCGAAUACUCACCGGAGUUAACUACGCAUCUGCAGCUGCCGGAAUCAGAGAAGAAACCGGUCGACAAUUGGGACAAAGGAUAAGCUUUAGCGGGCAAGUUAGGAACUACCAGAGAACGGUGCGGCAGGUCGUAAGACUGCUUGGAGGCGAGACUCAGGCAGCGGAUUACCUCAAGAGAUGCAUUUACUCUGUUGGUAUAGGAAGCAACGACUAUCUCAACAACUACUUCAUGCCUACGUUCUACUCUUCUAGUAGACAAUUCACACCCGAACAAUACGCCAACGAUCUCAUAAGUCGCUACAGAACUCAGCUUAAUGCGCUAUACAACUAUGGGGCAAGAAAGUUUGCGUUGUUCGGAGUUGGAGCAAUCGGUUGUAGUCCAAACGCGCUCGCACGUAGUCGCGACAGAAAGACUUGUGAUAACCGAAUUAACUCAGCGAACCAAAUCUUUAACAACAAGCUCAGAUCUCUCGUUGAUCAGCUCAACAACAAUCACACUGAUCACGGUGCAAGGUUCACCUACAUCAAUGCUUACGGCAUUUUCCAGGACAUGAUCACAAAUCCUUCUAGAUUUGGGUUUAGAGUGACAAACGCGGGAUGUUGCGGUAUCGGUAGGAAUGCUGGUCAGAUCACAUGCUUACCAGGACAGAGACCAUGUCCAAACCGAAACGCGUACGUGUUCUGGGACGCCUUUCACCCGACAGAAGCCGCAAACGUGGUUAUCGCAAAGAGAUCGUACAACGCACAAUCGCCUUCAGACGCUUACCCUAUUGAUAUCUCAGCACUGGCACGGCUUUGAAGAAAACAGAGAAACAUAAAGAAUUAAAAGAAGUUCCACAAAUGUGUGAUAAAUCGAAAAUCAAGCGUAACAUUGUUCUAUAUUUAUAAAACCCGUUUUCUAUAUAAACCGGUACAUUACA